AUGUCCUCAGCAACUUCCACCACGGCUUUGCCCAGCGGCCUGGGUGUCCUAACAACUUUCCCAGAUGUGCUCUUCAUUCCUGAACUCAUCUUUGGGGGCCUUGUCUGGAUCCUGGUGGCAUCCUCGAAGGUCCCAGACGCCAUGCUGCAAGGCUGGGUGAUGUUUGUCUCUGUGUUCUGCUUCGUCAUGACCACCAUCCUCCUGUGCCUUUAUAUGGGUGGUGUGCACGGGGGUAGCAGCUCCUGGACCACCUUGGAUGUCAUCUGCCAUGAGACAGCAGCUCUGUUCUACCUCAGUGCUGCCGUGCUGGAAGCCUACUUCACCUAUGCCAUCAGCGGGGGGACUUUAGUCCCUGCAAUAAUGACCAUCUACCAGGAGAACGUUGCUGCUGUGGUAUUUGCAUUCUUAGCUACCCUGAUGUACGUGAUCCAUAAGGUGUUCUCACUCCUGCGAUGGAAAUCAUCCUAA